AUGGUUAUGAGGAAGCUGCUUGUAAGGCUUGUGCGUGCACCUGCAGGCUCCAUGGCACGCAGUUGGCUCGAGGCUGCGUCCCCGUCCCGGGGCCUGCACGCGGAGCUCGGCCCCCGAAGGCUCUCCAUCGAAGGCAACAUCGCUGUGGGCAAGUCCACCUUUGUGAAGUUACUCACGAAAACGUACCCCGAGUGGCACAUAGCUACCGAGCCCGUAGCAGCUUGGCAGGAUGUCCAAGGCACUGGCGCCCGAAAAGUAAUCACUGCUGCCCCCGAUGGGAACCUGCUAGACCUGAUGUACCGGGAGCCAGCCCGCUGGUCCUACACCUUCCAGACCUUCUCCUUCAUGAGCCGCCUGCAGGUACAGCUGGAGCCCUUCCCGGAGAGACCCCUCCAAGGCACGAGACAGGUGCAAGUCUUCGAGAGGUCCGUGUACAGUGACAGGUAUAUCUUUGCAAAGAAUCUUUUUGAAAACGGUUCCCUCAGUGACAUCGAGUGGCAUAUCUAUCAGUACUGGCACACUUUCCUCCUCCAGGAGUUUGCCAACCGGAUCCGAUUACAUGGCUUCAUCUACCUGCAGGCCUCUCCCCAGGUGUGUCUGGAGAGGCUGCACCGGAGGGCCAGGGCGGAGGAGAAGGGCAUCGAACUGGCUUAUCUCGAGCAGCUUCAUGGGCAGCACGAAGCCUGGUUCGUUCACAAGACAACCAAGCUGCACUCUGAGGAUCUGCUGGCCACUCCAGUGCUGGUGCUGGAUGUCAAUGAGGAGUUCUCCAAAGUGGGAGCCAAGCAGGAGGAGCUCAUGAGCAAGGUCAACGCCUUUGUAAAGAACAUCUGA